AUGGCUUCACCAUUAACCAUGUCGACUCCGCCGUCCUCCAAUGACCUUCCCGGCCUCCCACUCGAGCUCUGGCUUCAGAUUUUCGAGGCCCUUGAACCACUAGAGAAUUUACUCUCCUUAAUCUCUGCUUCUCCCGCCGCCUUUGUUAAUUUUCAAGGUGGCAAAAGCCAUAUCCUUCGCCCGUUUGUGGACAACAUCAACAACCAGAUCGACCCCGACAUUAUUGCUACCCUAUUUUCCUCAUCCAAAGUCAGAAAACUGCUCUAUAAAACCCCGGGCCUCACCUUAUCACAAAUCGGGAAUGAACUUUCAACGUUUCUAAAUCCCCUAUUCAAACCUGACACUCCAAACCCUUUUCAGGAAUGGGAUCAGAACCUAUCAGCCGUCAUCAAGCUCACCAACAGCUUCCGAAAGAUCGACAGUGCCGCGUGUUACUACAAACGCAUCAGGGGGUUCCCCGUCCCGUUGGAUAGCCUGCCCGAGGCACCCGGAUCCGAGAUCAAGAAAUUCCUUGUCACCUUGAUGUAUGAAACGAUCUCACUCGACUUAUCCACUUACCGUGAUGGUACCUUGUUCAAACCAAGAACAUCCAUCCUGGAAUCGGCGGCAUGGGAGGCAUGGGAGGCAUGGGAAGCACCCAAACCGACUCUCGAAAACGUUGACCCACCCUUCUGGCGACGCUCUUCAGAUCAGCCUUGA